AUGGCGCGCAUCCUCGCAUUCCAAGACAUCGACGUCAAUCAGAUCCACAUCUCGCAGCCCAAGAAGAACCGUGCCGGCGGUCUCAUGGCCACCGUCACCUACGGCAGGACCGGCGGUCCCCUCAUCUUCAAGUCGCCUAAGAUGCCGUGUCCCUUCGGCAUCUCGGAGUACACCGACAAGAACAAGGACGUGGGAACCAAGUGGACCUUGGGCCUCUCCUUCCGCUACAGGGAUACGAACAAGGAGGUGUCGGACUUCUACGACAAGCUCCAGGAGAUCAACGAGUGGUUGGUGGACAUGCUCUACAAGGGCUGCCAGGAGUGGUUCCCGCAGCAGGAUUACGACAGGAACUUCAUCCAGAAGCUCUGCAGGCCGCUCAUCACGCCCUCCAAGAAGGUGGAAUACGCGCCCACCCUCAACCUCAGGCUCAUGGACCGCGAGGUGACCCACAAGGACGGGACGAAGACCCGGGAGCUGGCGGCGGACGUGUUCAACACCAACAAGGAGCGCAUCGACCCCCGCGACAUCGCCAAGGGGGAUUCGGUCAUCACCCUCAUCACCCCCGGCAACGUCUACCUGGCGGGGUUCAACGUGGGCAUGACCCUGAAGAUGCAGCAGGCGGUCCGCUUCCCCUCCACGCACAUCAGGGGUUGCGACAUCGAGUUCAGCGAAGACUCGGUCGCACCUUCCGCCCCGACGGCUCCCGGAGCCCCGACCCCCGCGCCGUCGGUCGACGGGGACGACACGAUGGACGAUGCCUCGAGUCCGGAGGAGUCGCAGUACGAGGAGGGGGAGCUCAUCAACGUCAUCCCUCGUUACAUCGAAUCCGACACCGUGGAGAACGUGCUGCAUGAGCUCGAGAGAUUGGCCCCGAUGAUCCGGGCCAAGAGGGAUGCGGGCGAGGUGUCGCGCGUCGUGGUCGUCGUGGACGGGACGAACAUACAGUCGUACUUCGACCUGGCUACGCCCAUCAUGGACGCGCUCUUGGAGAGGCGGGAAGAGGAGUCGUCGAUAGACAGGGUCCUGGUGACGAACGCAGACGUAGAGGCGAAGAUACAAUUCAAGCUGUUCGCGGCAGCCACGCCGUCCCUACGCGGGGCGUGCGCCAAGAUAACGUUCGUGGCAUGA